AUGACCGAUUCAGACACGUCGCAUAGUCAAACACUCCCGCCUCCGAGGCCUGCCUCCGUGCACAGCCACUACAGCUGGGCUACCGACAACCUUCCCGAUGAUGCCGACAGGACCUACGACGCGGCAAGUCAUACCAGCGACAUCGGCUCUGAAAGGUCCGCGCAGUACAACGCACAUCCACAUAGCGAUCAGGAUAUGCAUGAAGAACUUGAGGCAUUGCGACAAGAGAAUCGCCGCCUUCGAGAUCUGCUGAUAAUCGCGAACGCCAGGAACUGGCAGUACAUGGCUCGUGAGCGAGAGCUGCUACACAGGAUCCACAACCAACCACUAGGGUUUGGGCCAGAUAUCGACGGCGACGGCAUAGCACACGUUUUCUCGACGGCAGGGGAGUAUGGCUGGGAAGGACAAAUACCGAGACACAGAAUGCAUGCCGCACCAUACUCUCCCAUCGUGGUUCGGGAGCAUGAUGGAGGACCUUCUGAGCCUGCGCAGGAAGAUCGGAGGACUACGUUUGAGUCGUUGGAAGCUGCAUUGGGCUAUGUCACAUUUGGGGUGAGCAUUGUUUGGGUCGUAAGCAGUGUAAUGUUCCUAGUUUCCUCUUUUUGA